ACGAGACGUCUGAUUGGCUUGUGAUCCUUGUUUGACCUUUGUGCUCAGCACAAAACGUUUUGCAGGCGGCGCGUCUCGUGUGAUUUGCAAGAGUCUGAGGAGACGCUGUUAAUUUCUGCAGAAAUCCGCCGUCAUCCAUCACUUCAAAAUGACGGUCGGCAAGAGCUCCAAGAUGUUGCAACACAUCAACUUCAGGAUGCGGAUAUCCUUACAAGACGGCCGCACCUUCAUCGGCACAUUCCUGGCCUUUGACAAACACAUGAACCUGGUGCUCGGGGACUGCGAGGAGUUUCGCAAGAUCAAGCCCAAGAGCUCCAAGAUGCCAGAGAGGGAGGAGAAGAGAGCCCUGGGUCUGGUGCUGCUGAGAGGGGAGAAUCUCGUCUCUAUGACGGUGGAAGGGCCACCUGUCUCAUCGGGACCACGUGUACCCUUGCCCGGUGUUGGCGGUGGCCCCGGUAUGGGACGUGCAGCAGGCAGGGGAAUCCCAGCACAUGCUGCAGCAGCUGCAGCAGCACCAGCAGGUCUAGCUGGUCCAGUCAGAGGAGUUGGAGGUCCAUCACAACAGGUCAUGGCUCCACAGAUAGGUGCGCCACCUCAACAGUACCCUGGUGGAAGGGGAAUGCCGACCAGACCUCCUAUGGGUAGAGGAAUGCCACCCGGCAUGAUGCCGCCCGGAAUGAGACCCGGAAUGCCUCCACUCAUGGGCAGAGGAAUGCCUCCACCAGGCAUGGGAAUGAGACCACCCAUGGGAAUGAGAGGCCCACCCCCACCAGGAAUGAGACCGCCACCCAGGAAUUAAGCAGGUCGCAUCUUCUCCCUGGACCUGUCCGUCGACGAUUGCGUCCUUGAUACACCGUGUAAAGACUGUACUCCUCCCCUCGUGGUGGCAUAGUGCUGCACCAGCAAUUGACAGAAGACAGAUUUUUGAAUUGAAAGUUUUUAAAUUGUGAAACGUGCAGGUCAGCCCUCAGUCUCGUCCCUCCGCACUAACUCUCUUGGCCAAGGUUUGGGGGAAUGUACAUGUAUAAUGAAGAUGGUGUGGUCCUGUUCUAUGCAUUACUUGUCCAAAUGCUGUCACGGACUGAAAAGUACAGAUUGACUUGUUACCUUCAACUUGAUGGAGGGAUUGGACAACAUAAUCAUGUUGGUUUGUAUAUAUUUCAAGUUCUAGUUUUAUGAUACGCUUACAGUCCACGGAAAGAAUGUUGCAACCUGACGGCACUUUUUUCUUCAUUUAUCAUCUCAAUGACAGUCAGUCAUUGUAAAAAAUGAUGACAAGACAUGAAUCUGGGACUGAGCAACAUUUCCAAUUUUGUUAGGAAAUACUUUGCACAUUUUCUUGACUCUCUGUAGACUUUGUACACAACUGCUGAAUUGGCGUCAGAUUGUAACAUUCUCUCCCAGUCCACUUGCACCUGACAUCACAAUUGUGCUUAAAAUUUAGAAAUAAGCUCUAAAUCUUUAAAUUCCUUUUCACCUGUUCAUACAUGUGCUGGCUUUUGCUGAAAAGUUUUUUAAGUUCAUGUUGUUUAAAGUAGAGAUUCUUCAUUUUGUAAAUGUUUUAAUACUAAGGGGUUUAUUUUUAAUAAACAGGCAUUUUUUUAACACGUUGCUUCUUACAAGUGUGGAAUGCGGUUGGGAAUGUCAGUGUGUCACAUUCUAGUAAAUAUUCAAUUCUCUCACUAAGGCUCCCAGUUUCGCUUGAAACCAAUAAUUGUUUUAAAGCCAUACAAAGUUGACAACGGGACUGUUUUCCAGCACAUGCGUGUUAUGAUGGAAUCCUCCAUAUAAAUGUACAUGGCAGUAUUUUCUACUUACUAAAAAUUGGGGCCCAGUACAACUUCACUGGCUACCGUAAUGGUUCAUUUUUUUCCCAGUGUGUAUGUAUUUAUAAAUUCGUGUUAGUUAAAAUAUAAUUU